AUGCCAAUCGGACACAAGGCCAGGCUUUCUGUGGAGUCCUGGAAUCUGCUGAAUGAUAACAUUGAGCAACAGCUGUUGGCUCUAGGUGUUGAUUUCCCCCGAAAAUGUGGAGUUGUCGUAGACCUGGAUCGGUGGAAGGCAUCUGAGCUAAAACAGUUUCUUCUGUACAGAGGACCCGUUGUUUUACGGGAUAUCUUACAUUCUGACGUUCACGAUUGUUUCAUGUAUUUUUCGGUAACCAUUUUCGUAGGCUAUUCACCUUUUUUCCACAACGCUAUGCCGAUUUUCAAUCGACGUUUCCAAAAUUUCUGUGUCAAAAUUUGGUGCUGUUUUUGGUCCCAGUCAUUUAGUCUACAACAUACACCUCUUCCCCAAUUUAUUCAAUUUCGUCAAGAUUUACGAUUGCUUGGAUCAUUUUCCGUUUUCCCUAUGAAUCCUGGGGCAUAUGAAGCAUUACAUACAUGGGCCAAAACCAUCAGCUCUUCAGCUUUACUGCCGACUGGCCGAGUGUGUGGGAUUGCAUGCUGUCGAAUGGAAGAUAUUUUUGGAUGA